AUGCACACCGUCUUUCGAAUUGGUGAAGUUCGAAAACCUGAUAAGGAAAGUCCACUUUAUCAAGUGGACCUUAAACUUACGUCUGAUGAUGACCAACAACUUCGUCGAUUAACCGAUCGUAUACGAGAAGAAUCUUCAGGUGGCACUGGAUGGUAUCGAAUGGGUAAAUUGCUGCUCACAAUUGGUCAAUUUGACAAGGCUGAAGAAUUAUAUACAGCACUACUAGAACAGACAUCCAACGACAGUGAUAAAGCAUCUAUCUAUAACCAGUUUGCAUGGGUGAAAAAAGACAGAGGGGAAUACGCAGACGCAGCUUCAUUUCUCGAAAAAUCCCUCAAAAUUCAGCGUAAAACUCUUCCGGAAGAUCAUCCUUCAUUAGCUAAUAUCCACAACAACAUCGGUGCAGUGUAUAACAAGAUGGGUGGCUACUCGAAAGCACUUGAAUUUUACGAAAAAGCACUUAAAAUCUACGAAAAAGCUCUGCCUUCGAAUCAUCCCAAUUUGGCUAUUUCAUACAACAACAUCGGUCUAGUGUAUAACAACAUGGGUGACUACUCGAAAGCACUUGAAUUUUAUGAAAAAGCACAUAAAAUAAAAGAAAAAGCUCUGCCUCCGAAUCAUCCCGAAUUGGCUACUUCCUACAACAAUAUCGGUCUCGUGUGUGAUAACAUGGGUGACUACUCGAAAACACUUGAAUUUUACGAAAAAUCACUUAAAAUAAGAGAAAAAGCUCUGCCUCCAAAUCAUCCCGAUUUGGCUACUUCCUACAACAAUAUCGGUGGAGCGUAUGACGACAUGGGUGACUACUCGAAAGCACUUGAAUUUUACGAAAAAGCAUAUAAAAUCUACGAAAAAGCUCUGCCUUCGAAUCAUCCUGAUUUGGCUAUUUCAUAUGUCAACAUCGGUCAAGUGUAUAAUAAUAUGGGCAAUUACUCCAAGGCACUUUCGUUUCUCGAAAAGGCGCUAACUAUUCAACAGAAAACACUUCCGCCAUCACAUCCUCAUAUUAAAGAAACGAUACGUAGAAUUAACAAUGUUAAAAAGGUGUAA